UAGUACCUUCAUCGAUCCCCUACACUCAUGGCUAUAUUAAUCAUUCUUCAUCCUACAUAAUGUAUAGAAAGAGAGAAAUGAACUGACUUAUACGAAACGCCCACGGAAUGAAGGGAAUUGAAUGAAUGAGAUAAGCGCCGCUACAAUGUGAGAAUCCGUCAGCCGCUGCCAAAAAAAGAACGAGCAGAUUUAUCUUCAAGCGGAGAAAUUCCGAACUACGUGAGCAACGUUGUAAUGUGUGAGGGAAAGGAAACGACGUGUUUUAAACUGCUCCAGGAUCCCCCUCCCCCUCCCCUCCCUCUUUAGACUGACAUAGGUGACAAACUGCUUUCGAAACUGAGGCACCGAGGGAUCUCUCUUUUGCUUGGUGCGGAUAUGGACUGAACCAAAACCCGAAAGCUGUCCCCUGGAUUGCUGCCCGGAUAAUUUUGAGCAGUAUUACACCGGCACGCUACAGUCGGAGCAAGAAAGGUGGCUCCCCCUGAAAUUAAAACCAACGGUCUUUAUUGUCCGUCAGUGGAGAUGUGGCGAGAUUAUGGCUUGGUCUGACGGGCCCCCCAAACGCCCACUUUUGCUGUUGUCUGCUGCACCACGUUCGCUCAGAGUUUACGGAUCUCUCCGAAGGCAGACUGUACUCCGGACCUUGGCCCCAGUCACUCCUGUCCCGUUCACCGGUGCAGUCAGCAUCCCAGUCGCCUUUCACGCCCUCUCCCCUCACCCCACUCAGUAAAGUCCACUUCAUGUGUCCAACCUAAUUUUCUAUUGCGGUUAAGGCGUAAAAGAGGCAGCAAUCUGUUCUGUUCCAGUACUGUGCACAUUUUAAGAAUUGGCUUGCUUUGUGUGCACUCGUAUUGCAGUGGACCCAGGCAGAUCUACACAUUCCCUUGGUUGAGCUACAACGAACCGUGUUUCCUCUCAAUAUUCAUUGCUUUUGAGUCAAUUGAUAGAACGAGCUAUUCAUUCCAGCGACUGGAUUCGCAUGGAUUCAUUCACCGGGUGAAACGGUCUUCCAGUCUUUGACGUUCAGAAAUCCCUAAGAAUUAGAGUCGGUUUGCUACUCUGAAAAAAAAAAGAUGGUACGUCAAACAAACUGCUUGUAAGGUACCUUUUUUUUAGUAAAUAGGGUUCGAUUGAAGACACACAUCCCCACACACCUCUCCGAGUCACACCGACCGCUGCUGUAAUUCGCAUUGUCUCCAUAAGGAUGUGUUGUUGACUUAAUGCCUCCAACAGAGAGUAUUGCAGUCUUGACAGAGGCAGGCUGAAUGAUUUGGGCAGAAGAGUUUGCCGAGUCUGGCGUUUGGUUUUGCUGCUUUCUCAAGGUCCCAGAGAGCUUCAGCCCAACGCCACGCCACUCAUGAGAGCGCGUUUGCGUUUUGCACGAUGAGAGAUGCUGGUUUGGAGGCACAUGUCAGGAACAUGUUACUCGCAUCCGCUGACAGGCAAACGCACCGCGGAAAUAUUCGCUGGCGUUGUUCCGGUGGGUUUCAGUACAAAUGGGUUAUCCUGCAACCUCAUUAUCGAGCAUAGGCUCUGCAGCUAUGUGCGAGGAUGAUGCUUUGCCGGUACAAGAGCCGCUGCUGCUGAGUGCAAAGGAGAUAAACUGGAGAUUAAAGUGGCAUUCUGUGGACAUGCAGCGACCCACACAGUAACCCUUGGUGUUGGGAGCGAAGACAUGCAAAUCUUUCCAAUAUGCCAGCAAGGAGAUUCAUUUUGCGAUAUUGAAGGCGAAGGAGCUUCGGAAAAUGGGGCGCCUGGGCAUGCUAGCGGUGUUGGCCCUGGACUUCCUGAUCGUGCACUUGGAGCUGAGCGGGGGGCAGCCGGCUUACCCGACCCUGAAUAUCGCCGUCAUUCUGGGCAGGAGCCCCGACAGCCCCGGUUUUCGAGAAGUCUGGGUCCGGGAAGACGGCCCCGGGUUCCCCAUCGACGUCAACGUGGUGACCGUGGCAGUGAACCAGACCGACCCGAAGAGUAUUAUCACCCACGUGUGUGACCUCAUGUCAGGCACCAAGAUUCACGGCGUGGUCUUUGGAGAUGACACUGACCAGGAGGCUAUCGCUCAGAUUUUGGAUUUUAUAUCCUCCCAGACUUUUAUCCCCAUCCUGGGAAUACACGGCGGCUCUUCCAUGAUCCUGGCAGAUAAAGAUCAGCAAUCAACAUUUUUCCAGUUUGGUGCUUCCAUUCAUCAACAAGUUGGAGUGAUGCUAAAUAUCAUGGAAGAAUAUGACUGGCAUGAGUUCUCCAUUGUAACCAGCACCUUUCCUGGAUACCAUGAAUUUAUUAGCAUACUAAAAACAACAGUCGAAAACAGUUUUGUGGGCUGGGAGCUACUCAGCACCAUCACAUUGGAUGCUGUUGAUGGGGAUUCAAAAGCUCAAAUCCAACUGAAGAAAAUACAGUCGUCAGUCAUUCUGCUGUACUGUUCGAAAGACGAAGCCAUUUUUAUACUGGAGGAAGCCCGUUCACUGGGCCUUACAGGCUAUGGUUUCAUCUGGAUUGUGCCCAGUUUGGUAACAGGUAACACAGACAUCAUACCAGAGGCAUUCCCAGCUGGGUUAAUUUCCGUAUCAUAUGAUGAGUGGGACUACAGCCUUACAGAAAGGGUCAUGGAUGGUGUUGGGGUCAUAACAACAGCUGCUUCUGCCAUGAUGGAACAAUAUGGAUACAUUCCGGAAGCAAAAACAAGUUGCUAUGGCCAGUUGGAGAAGAAAGUUCUUCCAUUCCUUUCACUGCACAAGUUUAUGAUGAAUGUCACCUGGAAUGGCAAAGACCUCUCCUUCACACGAGAUGGAUACCAGGCCAACCCUAAGCUUGUGGUGAUUGUACUAAACAAGGAACGCACCUGGGAAAAGGUUGGAAAGUGGGAAAACCAAAGUCUAGCACUAAAAUAUCCAGUGUGGCCAAGAUUUAACUCCUUCGCAGAUAGUGAGGUAGAUGACAACCACCUAACUAUCGUCACUUUGGAGGAAACCCCAUUUGUCAUUGUGGAGGACGUGGAUAAGUUGACUGGAACUUGUGCGAGAAGCAAUGUGCCAUGCAGGAAAAAUAUCAAAGCUGUCAAUUCCACCGACAAGGGGAUCUAUGUGAAGAAAUGCUGCAAAGGAUUUUGCAUCGACAUACUGAAGAAGCUUGCAAAGGCUGUGAAAUUCACGUAUGAUCUGUACCUGGUGUCAAAUGGGAAGCAUGGCAAAAAAAUCAAUGGUGUAUGGAAUGGAUUGGUUGGUGAUGUGAUGUAUCAAAGAGCAGCUAUGGCUGUCGGUUCGCUGACCAUUAAUGAGGAGAGAUCUGAAGUUGUUGACUUUUCGGUACCGUUUGUGGAAACAGGAAUCAGUGUCAUGGUAUCUCGGAGCAAUGGCACAGUUUCCCCCUCUGCGUUCUUAGAGCCCUUCAGUGCUGCUGUGUGGGUCAUGAUGUUUGUCACGUUGCUCAUUGUGUCUGCUAUUGCAGUUUUUGCAUUUGAGUACUUCAGCCCAGUAGGGUAUAACAGGAAUUUGGCAAAAGGCAGAGCUCCACAUGGUCCAUCGUUCACAAUUGGUAAAGCAAUAUGGCUCCUUUGGGGCUUAGUCUUCAAUAAUUCUGUGCCUGUAGAGAAUCCUAGAGGAACGACUAGUAAAAUAAUUGUGUCAGUCUGGGCAUUCUUUGCUGUGAUAUUUCUGGCCAGCUACACUGCCAACCUGGCUGCUUUUAUGAUCCAGGAGGAGUUUGUGGACCAAGUGACGGGUCUCAGUGAUAAAAAGUUUCAGAGGCCAUAUGACCAUUCACCACCUUUUCGAUUUGGUACUGUUCCAAAUGGCAGCACUGAGAGAAAUAUUCGAAAUAAUUACCCUGAUAUGCAUGCCUAUAUGUCCAAGUACAACCAGAAAGGAGUGCAAGAUGCCUUGGUCAGCUUGAAGACUGGAAAGUUGGAUGCAUUCAUAUAUGAUGCAGCGGUGCUCAAUUACAUGGCAGGAAGAGAUGAAGGCUGCAAGCUUGUAACAAUCGGCAGUGGAUAUGUCUUUUCGACCACUGGUUAUGGAAUAGCUUUGCAGAAAAGCUCACCUUGGAAACGUCAGAUCGACCUGGCUCUCCUGCAGUUUGUUGGUGAUGGUGAAAUGGAAGAGCUGGAGAGUUUGUGGUUGACUGGAAUCUGUCACAAUGAGAAGAAUGAAGUCAUGAGCAGCCAGUUGGAUGUUGACAACAUGGCAGGCGUGUUUUACAUGCUGGCUGCAGCCAUGGCUUUAAGCCUGAUCACCUUUGUGUGGGAGCAUUGGUUCUACUGGAGCCUAAGGCACUGUUUCAUGGGAACCUGUACUGGAAAACCAGGCCUUCUCUUCUCAAUCAGCAGGGGAAUCUGGAGCUGUAUACAUGGUGUUCCAUAUGAGGAAAAGAAAAAAUCGCCCAACCUGGAUUUGAACAGCCCUCAAACAAAUAUUCUGAGGCUGUUUAACACAGCAAAAACAAUGGCCAAUAUGUCAAAUCUGAACGCUUCAAGAGCAAACUCCCCAAAAAGAACUUCCAAUUUCAUUCAAAGAGGGUCUUUGCUGCUUGAUGUGGUUGAUCAAAAGGGAAAUUUCCUGUACUCUGAUAACAGGCCCUAUCAGCCCAAGGAGACUGGCUUCACUGAUAACACCAGCGAAAUCAUGACAUUUAAUGUCAACAGGCAGAAAGAUAACCGUAACAAUUAUAUACUCCAAGGGCAGCAUCCGUUGACUCUAAAUGAAGCAAAUCCCAACACUGUGGAGGUUGCAGUUAGCUCUGAUACUCCUAAACUUAACUCCAGGCCGAGGCAGCUCUGGAAAAAAUCUGUGGAAACGUUGCGGCAAAAUCAGGGGUCGCUAGUAGAAAGUGUCAAUGUAGAGCCCAAGCAACCUGUUAAAAACCAGAGGUACCUUCCAGAGGAAGUUGCCCAUUCAGACAUGUCUGAUUGUUCAAGUCGCACUACAUCUUACAAGGAUCCUGACAACAAUCAGAAGUAUCACAAACAUAAAGAGACCUUCAAAAAGAAAUCCAUGAUGGCCAAGUAUCCUCGAGACUGCAGUGAAAUAGAACUCUCUUAUCUUAGAGCAAAGGAGAGCCAGCAACACCAUCGUGACAAAGUCUACACCAUUGAUUCUGACCGGGAGUCCAGUUAUCAUUCGGAUCAGCAUCAUUACCGAGAAAAUGUAGCAAUUCCGGAGGAUCUGGACUACCCUCAGGUGUAUCAUGAUCAGAAUGAGAAUUACAGGAAACAGGAAGCAGUUCUGCACGUAAACAGGACUCCUCAGCAUAAUGAGGACAACCUUACCAAUUCUGAAAAUAAAUACAGCCUCUAUAAUAAGCACUACAGCUUGAAGGAGAAAAAUCUUUCCCCUGUUGAUUACAAUGAUAGGUACAAGCAGCCCAUUGCCCACUGCAGAAGCUGCCUCUCCAAACUGCCCAACUAUACUCCUCACUACUCAAUCAGGUCUCCAUAUAACAGAUGUGAUGCUUGUGUACACACAGCAAACUUGUAUGAUAUUAGUGAAGAUCACAUGUUACAAGAGCCAGUAAGCUCCAUGUGCCCUGAAGAAUCCUUUGUCCACCACUGGGCGAGUUCUGAAGCCUCGAACAUGCAAAAAGUAAAUAGGCUGAGGAUUAGCAGACAGCAUUCAUUUGACAAUAUCCUUGAGAACCCUAAAGAAGUGGAUCUUGGAAGACCUGCACGAAGUGUAAGCUUGAAAGAAAAGGACAAAUUUCAGGAUGACCCUUAUGCACAUGUAUUCAAUAUUAAGCCGGAGAAACUCUUUAGCACCAAGGUUUCUGUUUUUGACCAUAAUCUGAGAGAGACCAAGCGGAGUAAAUCAUUGUAUCCAGACCACGUCUCUGAGAAUCCAUUUUGGCAUUCCUUUCGUGAAGAUCAACAUUUGGUCCACGGUCGAAGUUCUUCUGACAUAUAUAAACAGUCGGCUGCAUCAAAGGCACGCAACGCUAAUCACUUUAGAUCAUCUCUUAGGUCGACAACAUCAUACUGCUCCAGAGAUGGACAAGUUCCUAAUGAAGUGUACAUUUCAGAACAUAUUAUGCCUUAUGUAUCACACAGAAAUAGUAUUUACUGUGCUCCCAGGGUUUUGAAUUCUGCCAGCAAUAGACGUGUGUACAGAAAAAUGCCUAGUAUUGAAUCAGAUGUUUGACUCAUCAUUUGUUUGUCUAAUUCUACAUUAAUGCCAUUCAUUUGCUGUAGCUAGUGAUGCACAUAGUUGCCAACAUUCUGACAUAGGAACUUAGGAGACAUUAAGGGGCAGCUUUGCCAGAUAGUCAUUGCUAACAUUCUCUUCUUUCUCCUAUUUUCUGAUAGAUAGGGCUGACUGGCCUUUCCUACUAUCUGAUGGCAAAGGAGCAACAGAAAAGAGAUACAUGUUGAUGAUCAUACCAACUGGUUAGCUUUGCUGCAGAUGAAGACUACAUAAAAUGACCUAGUGGAAUUUAUGUCGCCCUUUUACUGUGCAUUAAUCUAUAAUAGACCACACUAGACAGGUCACAGAAUCCUAGGAGAAUUUUGGUUAUGUAAAGUAUGCAAGAAAUAGAUGACAAUCUCAAUAUUGCUGUGUAAAUGUAGGGAGUUGGCAACUAUGCUAUUAUGUGUACUCCAGUUCUGUGUCUGCUGAUACUUUUUAAAUCAAAUGUUUUCUAAAGUGAAACCCUGAGCUAAGCAGCUAAUGGCAAACUUUAUAAAUUUCUGAUAUGGAAUGGGGCCCCUAGAAGCCAGAUCUUUAUCCCUUAGAAAAUCUGCAAAGUCUUCUCUGCAUGUUUCAUACUAUAGAGGUGAUUGCUCCAUUGUUCAAGCUCAUCUGUGGUGCACUGACAUGUGAGGAUAUCAAUAAAUUAGAGUACAGUGAGGACUACAUUAUUGAAUUAAACUGUAUUGAUUAUCACUCCAUAUACAGCAGCAUAUUAUUCCUUUAGUAGAAAAUCUUACUGUCAAAAUCUUUUGACUCACGUUCUGUAUUGAUACAUCUGAUAGUUUGUUCCAACCUUUAUUGCUUAUUUAAGUUUGUUUAUCUGAUGACAUUGUAGACCAGCAGUCCAGUGGGGACAUUAAUGGAUUACUCACUGGGAGCAACAAAAAAUUUUGCUAAUAAAUUGCACGGCAUGAAAGUUCAGGGAUUUUGAGCUCCUGAAAAUUAUAGAUCUUUUAACUCCCAGUAGUUAUAAAAUGUAACAUAUAAGCUGUUAGCUUGGGGAUUCACUACAAAUGAAUUGCUUAACUCUCCCCAGAUUUAAUAGACAUCAACACACGAAUAGUGAAAGAGUCUGCUAUUCCAUCUCUUUGCAAUAUAUUCCCAUUGUAUUAUAUAUUUAUCAUGUAAGCUUGAAAUUAUUAUUUUGACUAUGGAAGCAGGGACAUAGGAUAUGCCUGUUAUCUGACAAGAAACAUUAGACUGUCACCAUUAUAGAGAAAAAGGAAUAUAAUUAUUAAAGCUAGUGUAAGUAAGUAUAUUCAGUUAACUCUAGAUUUCUACCAGCGCUGAAUUUUGCUGCUUGAUCAAUUAAAAUAUGCCCACAGCUUUCAAUAAGAGCCUCCAUAACUACUAGUAUUCUGUGGGAAUUUUGUACAUUGAAAGGGCUGGAACUUAUGACUUCAUGUACCAGUGAAAUGCUUACAUUAUAAAUUGUCAUUUGUCUCUUGAAUAUAUCCAUUUAAGGCUUAAAGGUACCUGUAUUUUUAUGAUUUUUUUUCACAAUAUCAUGUUGAUAAAAUCAUUAAAACAAUUGUCAGAUUAAUUCUGUGAAUUUAAAGAGUCCAUGUAAAUUAUGAAUCAGUAGCAUAUAUGGUGAGCUAACAUCUCAGCAUAUUGUUGUUCAAUUAGUCCCUACUUAAUUGUGCAAGCCUGGUGUUUUACUCAGAGAAUUGCAACUAACUUUAGCCCAAAAGACCACUCCUUUAGAAUGCCCAUCAGUAAUACGGUGCAAUGUGUCCCUUAAACAUGUGAUAAUUGCAUGGAUUAUAAAUGAUCAGCCUUGCCCAUUAUCAUAGGUCUUCAGGGAACCAUUUCCAAUCUGCCAGCCAAUGUGGAAAAGGUCAGUCAAACUUAUUGAGGGUGGAAAUCCCAAGCUAAAAGCAAACUUAAACCUGGCAAAGAAGUUAAGAAUUGUUAAUACUAAAGCAGAAAAAGCCCUAUAGACAUAAAGUAAUAAUAGACUGCAUCUUCUUAGCCAUCAGAAAUUCCUGUGGAAAUGUGCCAAAGUCAAUUAAUCUUAUUCACCGCCAUUUAGUGGAGAAAUUAUGGCGUCCCACUAAAUGGAUAGUUUUGAGGACUUCAAAACUCAGUGAAUGCAGAGUGUCCUUCUGGUCGUGCUUGGGAUCAGGUCACAUUGUGCAUGCAAUAUAAGUGAGCUGAUCAUUGCAGCUGAUCUGUGACAUGCUCAGAGCUGCAUUAUUUAGUGUUUCAAAGAAUCAGUGCUUUCUUUCCCAGAGCUUUCAUUCCAGGCAUCUUUUGAAACCCUCAAGGACAUUCAAGAGCAAAACAGAGGGGGGUGGAAAAAAGUACCACAUGACUAUCUACUCUGCAAGGUGGUUAAGCAAUCCUUUGGUAAGAAUUUGAAUCCCUGCUAAAUUUUCUACUUAAUUCCGAUUGAUUCUCAAGGCUUCUUCUAUUAUUCCCAGAUCCAUAUAGCCGCAGAAAAAUGAGCUGACAGAAGACAUUUCCAACAUUGCUUCGAUGUGUUUGUAAUGCAAAGUUACUUCCCACUUAGAACAUAAUUCAAUUUCAAGCAAUAAUAUAAUUUCUAUAGAAAAUCAAAGUGGUAAGCUCCAUUGAAUCUCAACAAUCACCUCCACUCCUGACAGGGGAUCUUUAGAGCAAAUUAAACUUGUACUGGAACCUGUAGCUGGUCAAUCUAUCUAAUAUGUACCCUACCAGCAUCCACCGCAUAUGUAUAGUUACCGUUUAUUAAUGCGUUGUGCAUGAGUAAACCAUUUCCAAUUGUUCAGGAAUUACAUCACUUUUGACUUGUAAUCUAAGGUAGAGCCUAACUUUAUGAUCCCUACUUGGCAUUCUCAUGAAAAACUGUCCAAAUAGUAGCCUACUAAAAUAGCUUUUACUCCUUCCUUACUGAAUACUGUUUCAAUACAUGAACUAUCCAAUGUCAGCAUUUUCUUUUCUAGGAAUAAAUAAUGAGAAUGAAAUCAUUCAUUUUCCUUUUGUAACUGCUAAUUUUUAUAAAUACCCUGCUUUUUAAUUAUAUUUUUUGUUAUAGAUUAACCUAGUGCAGAACAAGCUUACAUUACUUAAGUGUAUUUUGAACAGUUCUCAGACAACUGAACAGUUUAGCCUUCUGCCACGAUGUGAGUGUGAACUAAUUGCUGUGUUAGAAUUAGAAAAGAAUUUUGAGAAGUUUGAUUAUUUUACCAUUCUUUGAACACUUUUUUCUAAUAUAAUGGAAAACACCAGUGAUAUUUGAGCUGUAAUCAAAAGUUUUUUUGUUAUUAAAGUAGUGUAUGUGAAAAGUAAUUAAAAUAUAAACAAUAGCUUGCAGAACUGGUUAAACAAAGCCAAGGCAAUGGUAAUCAGUGCAGUUGUUCUUGUUACAAGACAUUGUGCAUUUCAACUGCACAAAGCAAUUAGUAGUUUCUCAUCCAUUUUCUGUGUCCAUUAAUGCUGAACUUUUACCUUUAUUUUAUAGAGAAGCUAUAAUAAUAGUUUGCCAUAUCAAUUUAGGAAAAUAUUAUUUGCAUUUAUUAUUUCCUUUAUAUUAUUAGACCCUUUUACCAAGGGUUAUUUUCUAAGAUUAGAGGAGUAACAUGAUAUUGUGGAAAACUCAUCGCGACAUCAUGUUUAAUUCAGGUACAGUAGAUACAAAUUGUGGCUGGCAAACGUGAAAGUUGCGAAGCUGCAUAACCCUAAGCCUAACAUUACCUUUUAAUACAUGUAUUUUGUUUGCUGGUUUAUAAAACAAAAUCUGAGCCGUUUUGUGUUCUCCAGACAAUAGUCCACCAGAACUAUCAGUCAUAACUUAAUUUUUGAAAUGAUGUAAGUUUGAAGAGAAUGACAGCAAUGUGAGUUACACACAUGGCAGGCUGCAACAGUUAGGGAAUUGUAGAAACAAGGAACAGAAUAUGAAACUGGAAAGGAAAAACAUAGAGUUAAGACAUAUAUUUUGCAAGACAGUGUGAAUUAAAAGCUAAUAACCAAAUUUUGGAGUCUGAAAUGUUCUUUGGAUGUGUGCAUGUUGUCCUCAAUCCGUAAAGUAUGUGUGAUGCUUACCCAGUUUAUAUCUGUGUGCAAUCCUAAUGUAGAAACAUUGGAAUCCACGUCCAGUCUUGCUUACCACCCCCUAAAAUAUUUCAUUUAACUGUUGGUACUAAAGUAAUUUGAUUCCUGCCUAUUCCUUCAUUAGAUGAGAAAAUACUAAUUAUUUCUUUGUGACAAUAUAGAUUUCAAACAUACCGGCACAUUAAAGUCUGUAUUUACAUUCGUUUUGGUCUUCAUAUAAAUUCAAAUUGUAAUAUUUGCCAAGGUUGUCUUCAAAACUGUAAUAAGUGUUUUUAUUUCCUGUUGUAGAUGUGUAGAAAUUACAACUGGAAUGGAUUUAGAAUGUUCAAAGCGUUUCCACAACAGUAUUUGAUGUAAAUAAGUUGUCAACUGUGCCAGGAAAUCUGAUGUAAAAAUGUAAAUAAGUAAAAGUAUCACUUUUCUAAGGAAGACUAUUUCUGCCACUUUAUAUUAAAAUUAAA